UAAAACGCUCGUGCGCGAUCCCAACUCCAUAUAUUCCAAUAUUCCAUAUAGAUCACACAACGCCAAAGUGUGUGUGCAUGUGUGUACGUGUCUGUGUGUGGCCAAAGAAGCCAAGUGUCCAAUCGUAAAUUUGAACAUCUGCAAAAUAUAAAAUUUGGAAUUUUUUUAUUAGCACAUGUGGCAGCAUUUCAAAGACAUAAAAGCAUAAGCGAUAUCUCAGAAGUUUUCUCAAUUUGGGCCAAGCAAAAACCAUAACACGCAUUCGCCAUGGUGUCCAAGGCAUUGCUGCUGCUGUUGGCCAUUGUUACUGCCCGAUUUGGUGGCCCAACAAGGCGCACAACUCUCGCAUCGGCCUGCGAGGAGGAGUCCCUGUCAGCGCUUCAAAACAAUAGAUACAGCAGCUACUACGGCAAUAAUAACAACAACAACAACGACAACGAUAACAACGAUUAUGGCUACAACAACAUUGAUGGCAUUGCAGAUAGGAACGACAACAAUGACAACUAUAACUACAACAAAGCCACAGCCAAAUGGCAGCCGUCGCAGCAAAAACUAUACGGAAAUUCCCAGGAGCAACAGCAGCAACACCAACGCCAGCAGCAACAGCAGCAGCAGCAACAGCAGCAGCAACAACAAUUUGUUGAUGAUCCCGAGGCAGCUCGAAAUGACUUCCUUUCGCAAUUGUCUGACUUAAAUGCGGCUGUGCAAGGUGUAGGCAUGUUUGCUGCCCAGCACAACAGCAACAGAAACAACAACUACAACAAAAACAACAAUGACAACAACGACAACAAUGACAACGACAUCGACGUCAACAAUCUGUGGCAAGCUGAAGCUAGAUUUGAAAGAGAAGAUACGCAUUUGCCGCUGGAACGUCACAGCCGUAGCAGUUACCUGACCAGGCAUGCAGGUCAGCCGGAGCGGUACGAGAAUGAUGCAAUGCCAAGCGAAACGGACGAUAGCGUGGAUGUUGAGGGCGAGGAGGACUAUGCUGUGGCCACCCCCAAGGAUGCGGACGAGCUGAGCCCCCAGCUGCCCUAUGGCAUACAGAAUGUGCGCAAGCGGCGCGUGCGCAGCGUCAUGCCACCUGCAGCAGCAGCAUCAGCGGCUGCAGCUGCAGCACAGCACAGCGGCAGCGAGGGCGUCACCUAUCAAUCGCUGUGCCCCACCAAGCGUGUUACCGUCAAACUGGACAAUGGCGAAUAUCGGCCCAAUCACUAUGUGGAGGUCACCUGUGCCAACAACUAUGCCCCGUUGCCCGCCAGGCUGCACAACUACGACUACAACUAUCGCAGCAACGAGCUGCCGCUGCUGCGCGCCCUCCUCAACGAACGGGCCGGUGAGAAGCGUGAGAUCUGCUCGGCUACUGGUUUCUCGUGCAUUCAGCUCAAUCGCACCAUACAUCUGAUACGCUUGAACGAGGGCAGCGGCUGCUGGGAGUCGGAGACACGCACGGUGCCCUCGGGCUGUGAGUGCAUGUGGCCGAAGCACAGCUAUGGCGACAUUGCCUCCUAUCACCAGGCACAGAAGCGUUUCAGGACCAGUUUGAACAAUCUUCAGGCACGCGUUGCAGGCGGCAACAUUGAUUAUGCACCCGGCGUGGGCUAUCGCCAGCUAACGCUGCGCUCCCGUGCACCCAAGUCGGGUGCUGGAGCUGCACGCAGCCGACGCUCGGAUGUUUUGGACUAUGAUAACUAUGAAUUGAAUUAAAUUGAAGUACUUUAACGCGCAUUUUUGGGACCAAGUCCCAAGCACAAUGGGUAGCACAUCAAAAGUUUGGAUCAUUUAGCAACUAAGUUGAGAGCGUAAAUUAUUUUUUCUUGCUGUGGUUUAGCCUUAAUACACUCUUUAUUCAUAUAAUUGUAAACAAAAACAAAAAAAAAUUGUAUACUUAAGAGAAAAUAAAUACAAAUGGAGCAACAA